AUGAAGAAGGUCUUCAGUCUCUUGUCUUUGGCCCUUUUACCAGCCGUUCUUGCAGCGCCAGCUGACGAGGCACAAGUCGUUCUUGGUGGGAAUGUCCAUUUCCAGAGUGGGGUAUUCCCCGUGCAGGAUGCUGUGGAAGGUAUCAUCGACAAGGGCAAGGAGAAAGUACAUCAAUGGUUUGAAGAUAGGAAGCAGUUCAUCGAGCAGCAUGGCUUAACCUAUGAGCUGGUUCAACACCCUCAUUUCAGUGACUACAAGCUCAGGAUCACAGAGCCCAAGUUGUGUGACCCCUCUGUGAAACAGUACUCCGGUUACCUUGAUAUCACCGACGACAAACAUUUGUUCUUCUGGUUCUUUGAGUCACGCACCUCUCCCGAGGAUGCACCCCUCGUCAUGUGGCUCAACGGUGGUCCGGGAUGCAGCUCGUCUACUGGUCUUUUGUUCGAGCUUGGUCCUUGCAGCAUCUCCGGCGAAGGUGCCAACACGACGCACAACCCCUAUAGCUGGAAUGCCCACGCCAACAUGAUCUUCCUUGACCAACCCAUCAACGUUGGAUAUUCAUACUCUGAAGAUGGUAGCACCGUCAACACAAGCCCUGUUGCUGGCAAAGAUGUUUACGCCUUCAUGGAACUCUUCCUCAGCCGCUUCCCCGAAUACUCUACUCAACCUUUCCACAUCGCUGCAGAAAGCUACGGCGGCACGUAUGCUCCGAACAUUGCGAACGUCAUCUAUACCGAGAAUAAGCAGUUACCUCCUUUGCCCGUUCCCGGACUUGUCAAGAUCAACCUUGCUUCUGUUAUAUUGGGCAAUGGAAUGACCGAUAAUUACAUACAGAUGGCGUCGAUACCUGACUACCUUUGCGAAGGACCAUACCCGAUCUAUGAUGAUCCCAAUGGUGCACAAUGCGCUGCCUUGAAGAGCAAGGUGCCGACCUGCCAGAGGCUGAUCAAAGCUUGUCACGAUUUCAACUCUCGCUUAACCUGCGUACCUGCUGCGUUGUAUUGCAACUCUCAGCUUUACGGUCCUAUUCAACAAUCCGGUCUCAACCCUUACGACGCACGUGUCAAAUGCGAUCCUCAAGAAGACGGCCCGCUAUGCUACCGUCAGAUGGGUUGGAUCGAGACUUAUCUGAAUGAUCCUGAGGUUAAAGCUGCUCUUGGUGUGAACCCGCAGCGCAAUUUUGAAUCCUGUAACAUGGCUGUCAACCAGGCGUUCAUGCUUCAGGGUGAUUCAAUGCACAAUACGCCCCUGUUAAUGACGGAGAUGAUCAAUGAUGGCGUCAGGCUGCUUGUCUACGCUGGUAACGCCGAUAUGAUGUGCAACUACAUUGGCAACGAACGUUGGGUCGAGCAACUUGAUUCCAUCUUCCUGGAUGAGUUCUCUACGGCUGAGACAGAACAGUGGGUAACGAUGCGUUCUGGAAAAGUAGCCGGCACUGUCAGGUCUGCCGGUGCUCGCGGUUCUGGCGCUGGAAACGUUACCUUCGUUACUGUCCAUGACGCUGGGCACAUGGUUCCUUACGACCAACCUGAAGCUGCCUUGGAUAUGAUCACGAGGUGGAUCAUGGACAUCCCGCUCACGCUCGAUUUCAUGGAGUUGGCAGCACCUGUCGUGCCCUUCGGAGGGAUAUAG